AUGAUAAUUUUGCGUGAAGUUGUUAACAAAAACUCCCCCUUGCCCCCGCCCCCCAGGUACGAAUAUGUGAAGGCAUUUGAACAGGAUGACAAUCUUCUUCCAAAUACUUGGAUUGUCGUCCGGAUUGAUGGACGAGGCUUCCAUAGGUUUUCUGGCCGUUACCAUUUCCAAAAACCCAACGAUGAACGGGCUCUCAAUCUUAUGAAUACCGCUGCAUGUGCCGUUAUGAAGGAUCUGCCCGACUUAAUCAUUGCGUACGGCGUUAGCGAUGAAUAUAGCAAGCUCGUAACUACAAUUGUGUCAACGUUUACCGCUCAUUACAUAUAUAACUGGUCAUCGUUCUUCCCUUCUGCACCACUGGAGCCAGGGUUUUUACCGACAUUUGACGGUAGGGCCGUCCAGUAUCCGAGUGUGAGAAAUUUGAGGGACUAUAUGAGCUGGAGACAAGCUGACUGCCAUAUAAAUAACCUUUACAACACAACUUUCUGGAAUAUGAUUUUGCAGGGCGGGAUAAGUAAUACAGAAGCAGAGAAGGAGUUACAGGGGACGGUAUCCGGCGAAAAAAAUGAGAUCCUAUUCUCAAGAUUCGGCAUAAAUUAUAAUAACGAGCCGGAAAUGUAUAGAAAAGGGAGUGUGAUUUUCAGGGAUAUCGCACACUUAUUUGAGACACAGUACGAAACACAACCCCAAACGGAGGAGGAAAAGGCUGGCGAUGGAUCUAAUGAGGUCGAGGCAGAAACUGGAGAAGAGGUACCACCGACCGAAAUGACCAAAUCUCAAUUAGCGAGACUACGGAAAAUACAAAAAAAGGCUACAAUUGUUGUCAAACAUAUGGACAUUAUUAAGGAUGAAUUCUGGGAGCAAAGGCCGUGGAUUCUAUCUAAUAAGCCGGGCAGACUGCCUGCGGUGGGUUAA